CAUUUCAGACUUCAAGAAAAAAAACCCGCUGAGCCGCACGAGUUUACCCGGCGCCAAAACUCCCAACCGCCCGCCGCAGCAAAGAUUUUUUUAUUCUCAGUUCUCUCAGCACCUUUAUCUUUCCCACCUCUGAGUCUCUACCCUUUUGUUGUGCCUAGUGUGAAGAAAGAGAUGACUGCGCAGAACAAAAUGGCACCGGAGGAAAUUGGGAACUUGCAUGUGGAGGAGAAUGCAGCGGGGGAGGUUACGCUGGAAUCGAAGUUGGAUAGAAUAAGACUGCACAAAACGUCGAAGCUGCAGCAUCAGAAGCAGCUAUCUGUGAUCCUGGACGCAGUUGAGCAGACUCUCAAAGAGCAAAACACAGAGCUCUCGCCCUCCGCCUACGUGAUCGCCCUCCUCUCGCUCCUCAACCAAGCCUUUUCCGACGACGAAAUCAAAAACCCCGAGCUCGCCUCGUCGGUCGUGUACCUACUCGACACCGUCCUGCCGCACGCGCCGCCGCAGCUGCUCAUCAGCAAAUUCGCCUCCAUCCUCGUCUACAUCUCGCCCUCGCUCACGCACGCCGACGCCAGCCCCGCGCUCAUCAGAUCCGCGAUCGGAUGUCUGGAGUCGAUCCUGAUCGCGCAGGACACCGCGGCCUGGCGCAAACCGGCGUCUGAACUCGGCCCGCGCAAGGCGUUGAACGGAAUCAUGUCGCUCGCGCUCGACGAGCGGCCGAAAGUGCGCAAGCGCGCGCAGGAGGGAAUCGCAAACGUGCUCAGCCAUCCGCCUGCGGGCCCCUCGCCCGUGCACCCGGCUGUGGUCUCGUGCACGGAGAGCACGCUGCGGUCGAUCGACGAUCUGUACGCGGCGUUCAGAAGCGACGGGCAGAAGCGCAAGGCGCAGAGCGGCGGCGCGCCGCGGCCGGCGGAGAAACGGCUGAUCUUUGCGCUGCAGCUGACGAGGUCGAUUGCCGGUGGCGAAGGCGGCUGGCCGGCUGCGAACGUGGAGGCGCUGUGUCAUGUGUUGCUCACGAUUUCGCGGUCGGCGGAGGAGUACCUCGUCACUGCGUCGAUGGACGUGUUCCAGGCGCUGUUUAGCUCGAUGGCGGAGUCUGCGGACGAGGACAAUAAGCUUGACGCGGCCAAGUUUGAAAAGAUCGCGAGCUCGAUCCUCGAUCUGCGGCCGUCGGAGUCGGAUCAGCAUCUUGCGCCGUCGUGGCUCGCGAUUCUCGCGCAGUGCUUCCAGGCCUACAGCGACAUUGACGAGAUCAAGACUUUUAACAAGCUCCCGGAGCUGUUUGAGACGGUCGCGGAGUUUAUGCAGGCGGGGUUGCCUGAGAACGUGGUGACUUCUGCCGCGCAGUGUCUCAUCGCGCUCGCGACGACUUGUAUCCCUGUUGACGCGCUUGUCGCGCAACCGCUCGCCAAGUCAACAAAGCAAACCCUCGCUGCCAUCGCUGCGACCGCGAACUCCUUCCUGAGCGUAAAGUACCAGACCGUCUGGCGCGACGUGUUCACCAUCCUCACCGCGCUUUUCGACGCAUUUGGAUUCGUUGCUGAUCCGUACUUGAUUGAUAUCCUCGUCACGGUUGGCGAGUUGAGGACCGGAGGCGAGUUUGAAGGACGAGCGGAGGCGGAUGAGGUUAUCGGUGCUGCUAUUCGCGCGCUCGGACCGGAGAAGGUGUUGGCUAUCUUGCCGUUGAAUUUGGAAAGUCCUGGACCCGGCAAACCCGGCCGCGCUUUCCUCCUCCCCCUCCUCCGCGACAACAUCCGCAACGCGACGCUGGGCCACUACGUAACCGAAAUGGCCCCGCUCGGCGACCGGCUGUACCAAAAAGUCGAGUCGCUCGGCGGCGACAGCGAGCGCACGGUGCAAGUGAAGAUCUACGAGACGCUCGUGGAGCAGAUCUGGGCGCUGCUGCCGCGGUACUGCGAUCUGCCGCUCGACCUGCGCGACUCGUUCACGCAGCCGUUUGCGGAGGCGCUCGCGAACGUGCUGUACCAGCGCGUGGAGCUGCGGCAGGUGGUGUGUAAGUCGCUGAGGGUGCUGGUCGAGAGUAACAAGCUGUACGUCGAGGGCGCGAUUGAUGGGCAAAACCCGUUCCUCGAGGCCAGGCUGUCGAAGGAGGAGGCGGGGCGGAAUCUGGAGUAUUUGGGAGGGAUGGCGUCGAAGUUUUUGGCGGUGCUGUUUAAUGUGUUUAAUCAGACUGUGUCGGAGCAUCGGGUGUUUAUCCUUGAUACUAUCAACUCUUUUCUCUCGAUUACUUCUGCGGAGGACAUCAAAGGCACUUUUCAGAAAGUAGUCUCGCUACUCACCCCCGCGCUGGAGAAAUCCGCGUCCAAGAAAAAAGACACCGGCGCGAACCCGACCGGGAAAUUCAGCGUGCCGCCCGUAAGCCACACGAUGAUGGACCUCGCCGUCGCGAUGGUGCCCUACCUCCCUAUCUCGCUCUACGGCGAGCUAAGCAAGAUCUUCAUGGCCACGAUCCAGAACCCGGACUCGCAGCUCCAGAAGCGCGGGUACCGGAUCAUCACGCGGAUGGCGCAGAGCGAGGACGGAGCGGAGUUUUUGGUGGCGAAUAUUGAUAGUUUGGAGGGGGUUAUUGCUGGUGCGUCUGAGAAGGUGACGCCGCCGUCGCGCGGGGCGCGGAUGUCUGCGUUGAUUGACGUAGUCCGCAUCUUACCUUCCUCCGACCUUCAUUUCAUCCCCGUGAUCCUUCCCGAGGCUGUGAUCGGCACGAAGGAAGUCAAUGAGAAGACGCGCGAGGCAGCGUAUAACCUGCUUGUUGCGAUGGGCGACAAGAUGGCGGGCGGCGGCUCGGUCGCGAUCUCGAAAGUUCCAAACAUGGACGCCGGCGCAGCGGACGUCGAGGCCUCGAUCGAUGAGUUUUUCACAAUGGUGUCUGCUGGACUCGCAGGCGCGACGCCGCAUAUGAUCAGCGCGAGCAUCACGGCGUUGAGCAGGUUGCUGUAUCAAUACAAAUCGAUCCUGAACGCGAGCGUGAUUGAAGAACUGGUGGCGACGAUCGACCUGUUUCUGACGUCCAAGAACCGCGAGAUCGUGAAGGCCGCGCUCGGGUUCGUCAAGGUGAUUGUUACCUCGCUGCCAAAGGAGUUUGUGGAACCCAAGCUCGCGACGCUGGUGCCGAAUCUACUCGAGUGGGCGCACGAGCACCACGCGCGGUUUAAGCUGAAGGUCAAGCAUCUUCUCGAGCGGCUGGUUCGCAGAUUCGGCGUCGAGGCUAUGGAGAAGGUGUUUCCGGAGGCGGAUAAGAAGCUGCUGACCAACAUCCGCAAGACGAAAGAGCGCGCGGCGCGCAAGAAAGAGGCGGAGGGGGCUGAGGAUGCGGAGGAGGAGGAGGAGGGCAAACAGCAGCGGAAGCAGAAGAAGUUUCUGUCGGAGUUUGAGGAGGCGAUUUAUGGAUCGGAUAGUGAUUCGGAGUACGUCGAGUCUGACGACGAAGAGACGCGGCAGGCGAGGAAGGCUGCGCGGGCGAAGACGUCGGUGGGUGGGAGGAAGAAGAAGGGAGAGACGUAUAUCGUUGACGACGACGAUGAUCCGCUCGAUUUACUCGACAAGAAGACGCUUGCGCGGAUUUCAUCUACGAAGCCUACCGCAGCAGCAUCCGGCGCGGCAAGAAAGAGCCGGAUGAGCAAAGUGCGCGUGAGCGAGGCGUCGGGGAAGAUGCUGGUUGACGACGAGGAGGCGAAUAAGAAAGCAAUCGACCCCGACGCGGCUGUUGUGCAGAAACUGGCGGCGAGCGCGGCGGAGGCGAAUCCGGUGAAUGCGUAUCUGGACGCGGUGAAGAACGGGCCGGUGAGGGGGCAGAGGAAUAAGUUGAAGUAUAAGAAUAAGAGAGGGAGGGAGGAGGAGGAGUCUGAUGAGGAACGGGCGGCGCCGAAGCCGAGAAGAAGAGCAAAGUUUUAGAAAGUUAUGA